AUGAAUUCUACAUGGUCUUCACAGCGCAGUGUAAAGCUGCUGCUGCUACUCUUUACAUUUCUCUCCCUCACCUCCUUAACAGUGGCAUCAACACCAACCUCCUUCUGCAAAUGCACCUGUUUCUCCAAUAGCACGAUCAUUCCCCUCGACCCUUCCAAGUCCGAAAAGUCCUCUGGUAUCGACCACCUUCUUCACUUUUACGAGCGCAAUGUUGCCAGCUCGGAACUCGAACACACCGAUGAAUAUAUCAAGCGAGAGCAAAAGUACCGAUCUUUGAGCUGCAAUGACUGCAAUCGAAAGUUCUGUCUGGACUACCAGCUACCAACCUGCAAAGGUGCUAAGGAAGAGGACGUAUUCACCACCUGCUUUCAACGAGACUCCCGGAAAGACGAGGCAGUGGUGUUUAUCUUCCUGUUCGCCACGGGUGGAUUACUUGGUUGGGCACUCUGCAAGCCAUGGAUUGGGCGAUACGUCGAGGCAAGUCCACGAUUUGAGUGA